UGCUGCUCUGACAGUGUGUGAGAGUCUCAGGUGUGUUCAGGAUGUCGGAGGAGACGGUCAGCGUCGCCGCGGUGACGGUGCUCAGCGUCCUGCAGCAAGCUUACUUCUCCCUGCAGGUGAUUUCUGCCAGGAGGAAGUUUUCUGUUUCUCCUCCGUCGACCGUCGGACCUCCAGAGUUUGAGAGAAUCUUCAGAGCUCAAGCGAACUGCUCCGAAUAUUUCCCGAUCUUCAUCUCCGUCCUCUGGACCUCCGGAGUCUUCCUCAGUCCAGGUGUGUCUUCAGUCUGCGGGCUGCUCUAUUUAUACGGACGACAUCGUUACUUCCAGGGAUACAAAGAGUCAGCUCUGGGGAGGCUGUCUGGGAUGUACUUCAGUGCUCAGGUUCUGUGGGUUCUCGUCGGGUUCUCUGUUCUCGGUGUUUUCUUCACCUGCGUCAGAGUUUACCUGCAGGUGGACCUGCUGCGUGGGCUGAUCGCUGCCCUCAGCCCCGUCUGAAGGACACAAACACCAACAAACAACUGUUUAUUUUCACAAUAAUAACAAAACUCUGAAACACAGUAAAGACACAUUAUGUUUACUCGCUGACAUUUAUACAUUUUUGUAAUUUUUUUGUUUUCAGAGAGAUUUGUUAUUUAGAUUUUUUAUUCAUUUUUAAAUGUAUUUUAAUAGAAUUUAAAUAAUUAAUUUGAUUUUUAAAUAAUGUUUUU